UCUGUAUAAUUGUGGUGUAAGUAUUCGGGGAUUCCCCGACGAGAUUGCGUCACGUCCGGAGAGGGAAUGAGAAAUACGCUUAGCUUGCCAAUUUUUAUUUUGUUCGAAGUCAUUGUAGGCGGCAUUCAAAUAUGGCAGUUCCAUGAGGAUUGUUCUGUAAUGAGUGGAAACGAACGGUUUGAUUAUGGGAAGGCCGUCCAGGCAAAUUGUGCCAACUGUGGGGUUGUACAGAUUCCUUCCAGGGUGUCGCUUAACACUUCAUGCCCACGAUGUAAAGGGGUUCUUGUUUUGAACACUGUCGACUUGCACUCACAAAGGAGAAGCACAGACAAUCGAGAGCAAAACUUACUUCUCCAGGAUGAUAACGAAGAUUUGGAGAACACAACACUGGCUCCUUCGACUGAGGAUUCUGCCGAGUUGGACACGGUGUCUCUACAACAUCUGAGCUUAGCGACUGAUGAAAACCUUUCUGGUUUACCGCUACAGGAGAGCUUUGAAGCAAGUUCAAGUCGACGAAAAGCAAGCACGUACCCAAGUAAACUUUCGAAGACUCCGACUGAGGGAAAUGACGAAAACGGAAUAAAUGGCGUGUGCCAGACUUGUGGGGAGUUGAACUCGACCCACGAAUGUCUGUCUUGCUUCAUAGCAGUAUUCAAGCGAGGAGUUAUCUCUGGAAAGAAUCGAAGUCUUGUCGUGUACAUUAUUCCGAAGGAAAAAUUCGAUUUGGUGUUUGCCAAAAUCGUCCAAAAUGAAGCAGCUGCAUACGAAGGAACCGAGAUAGCUGUGAUCGAUGACAAAAGAACCUUCUUCUGCUAUCAUCCUCAAAUGGCAAUCCAAAAUGAGUUAACAAUCAUUUUUAAAAUGGAUUGUGGCGAAUGUUUCGCUUUGAUCAGUCCUGCGUCAACCACCCUUGGUGUCCAACAUGUACUUGCAAAAAGUGAAGAGAGAAUAUUUCCUGGCGCUCAUGUCAAGCUGGUCACUGCAUAUGUUGGAGAGGAAAAUACUCUUCGUGAAGACAAAGUGAGAAUGGCACUGCUGAGUGGACAAGCGAGACUGGGCAUUCUCAUUCCUACUAAGAGCUCCCCAUCGAUAACAGUCUUACCUCUAAAGGGGUUGCUUCUUCAGAUAGUAAACUGUUUGUAGUUGUAUCUGACAAAUGAAACAAACAACUGCGACCAACUCAAACAUAAAGGAUCGAAUGAUUUUUAGUCGACAAAACGUAUUUAUAGAGUGUUUUAAAGAAAGCUCCCCCUCCUCCUCCGCAGUAACAAGCUGAACUGCUUACUACUGGCAGAGUACUGCUGGAUUAUGACAAUCCAGAAUAGGUACUUCCUUAUCAACGGCCAGCUAACAUCUUGUCUCCCAGUAUUCUGUGUUACACACAGAAAGUGCUAAUCAAUAUAAUUAUGAAUUUCUG